AGCGUGUGAACGUGAUUUUCUUCUUCUCUUUUUGCUUUAUGUGAGUUUUCGGUGCUUCUGAGCCAAAGCCGUAGUCCGUCGCGUACUACAUUUUGCCAUUUGUUGGCUUAUUCUGUGAACUGCAGUUAAGCAGGAAGUGUUUUUUCGUCUCGAAAUCUCGAACGGCGGAGCACACAAAAAAUAAAAACAUCAACAAAAAAAAAAAUUAGAGAAUAAUAAAACAACAAGAAAGCUAUAGAAAUUAAAUACUCAUAAAAGGGAAUCAAGGUGGCGCUAUUUAUACAUAUAUUUUCAUAUACAUAUGUAUAUACGCAACUAAGCGCUUAGUUACAAACUUAAAAGUAUAUCACAAUUCUAUAUACCUACAUAGUAUAUAUAAUACAUAUGUAUAUAUGCAUGUGUGAUGCCGUGAAAUUAAUUUUAAAUACCUGUAGCAUUUGAAAAUGUAACAAAAAAAUAACAACAAAAAGUUGGUGAAAUUCGCUUUUUAAUGUUGUUUAAAUAAGACAUAUUUAAUAGCAAAAUGAAAACUUGUACAGCUAAUGAAGAAAGGCUGCGAAAAAUCACGUAGUAGUGUAUACAAAUACAACAAUUAAUAGUUUUUAUUGAAAAAAAGUAUUAAUAAAAAUAAAUUAACAAGCGAACAAAGCAAGUGUUAAUAAUAAAGUAAUAACACCGUAUACAAUAAUUAACAGCAGUAGGAGCAAACACGGCAACAAUAAAUAAGCAGCAACAACAACGAAAACACAAUGGAAUAUAUAAAUAUGGAUAAACGAUUUAAAAUAUCGAAAACGUUAAUUAUAAAUAUCAUCGUUCAUUUGGUCCUCAUCGCUAGCAUCAGUCAAUCGGGUGACGCUUUUGGUUUCGACUCUGCUAACUCAUGCAGCACACAAGCAUCGAAGCUCUCACGGCGUGGACGAGCACAAAUGCUCGCCACCAUACCAUGUGAUCUAACGCGACAGGCGUACUGUCAUCUACCCGGCUCGGCAUAUCCCUGGCAUGCGGUCAGACGUUUCGUACACGAGAAUCACGGUCUAAUGAAACGUAUGUACGGAGAUGUACGACAUAUCUCGGUGCUACGUGAUGAGAUACUCAACAAUGAGAUCGAUGUGGAUGAUGUUGAGGUGGCCGCGGAACGUUAUUCGAAAGAUCCGCAUAGAGCAAGGGCAGCUAAGUACAUGCAUGAGCAGCAGCGCGAAGACGUUGGUGGCAUUAAGAGCAACGACGUAGUAAUGGAACCACACUUCCGACCAGUUUCAACGACCACAACAACGACAGGCGCGCCAGAUGUGGACAAAGAGGAAAAAGUAGCGACGACUAGCGCAGCAUUGGAGGCCAAAAUGGAGGUGGAAGCUGGUUCUCAACCAGCAAAGACGCUCAGACGUAGAACAAAUGUAAACGCGAAUGGUGGGGGACAUAGAAGGCGAGUUAAUGUCUAUGUUAAUCGCAAUCGACCGACGCACUCGUCUUUACGACGGCGUACAACAACAACAACGACCACAACUACAGAAGAACCUAAGUCGCUGCCAGAGGAACAGACAAGUGUGGUGGUCUUACAUGAAGAGACUAUAUUCGAGAUUCCUGAGGAUGAUGGAAAUCUCGCCUCGAAUAGUGUCUAUGAGAUACCCACAUCGCCUGAGGCGGCCAUAUUACAUAUGGGUGACAAUAUACAAGUCAUUGAAUCACCACAACUCGGCCAAUUGCAGAAACCCUUGACGACGGAAACAAAUGCAUCGGAGACGGCCACCAUUUCAACCACUUUGAAAGUGGUAUCCACGCCUGCGACCAAAAUGCGCCCAUCCCAUGAUGGAGUGCCCGACUCACCAGUACCAGUAGCACCCACACCGCUACAGCAAAAACUGCAACCACAAGCGGAACGUCAACGACCUGGACCACAAAAGCUAAAAUUGCAACAAGUGACUAAGCCACAGCCAACAUUUGAUACGAGCGGACCGAAAGAAAGCUCUCCAUUGUUAAAUUCGAAACCAACCAACGAAAGUGAACGUCCACAAAGCGCCACAGCGCAAGCACCUGUGGAUGGUGACGGCACAAGCACACAGCCACUGAAAGUAACGCAGGGCGCCACAGCGAAUGAUGACGACACGGACGUUACAACGGACGAAAGUAAUGGUGGUGCGACACUAACAAACAUCGGCGCGAACAAUGACGAAACGGACGCCACAGUGACUGUGUCAGCAUCAGCGCAAACGACCACAGCUUCAACAACACACAAUUCCCAACUGAAAUAUGAACACAACACAAGCCAGGCAAAAGACGAUGAUGAAAAUAAAGCCGACUUGUCGGCUACUACGACAAGCGGUGCGCAUACAGCAUCUACUACAGGCGCCACGAAACUCACAUCAACACAAGCCGAAUUGUAUUCGGCCGCUAAGACUACCUACACGCCAAAUGUUGCAGCAACCGGCGUCGCCGAGGGCGCACCGUCAGCGCCGCAGCGUAUUGAGUUGUUUACCGGUGAGAAAAUCCGAAGACCACAACAGACGGCGCAACAAGCUCCGUCAGCGCCAGCACAGACAACACCAGUAAGCGCGGCUGCGGCUGCGUCCACGAAACCAGUACUACGCGAUGGCCAACUAUAUCAAGAUGCUCUCAAGCAAGAGGUGAAACCGAGCGCCAAUAUGCGCGGCAUCAACGCGUGCCCGGUGAAGGAAGAGGUGGUCGCACCAUUUUGGGCCAAUAACACACGCGGCGAAGUGCUCGCCUUGCUCAAUCUCUAUCCCUUCGAACAGUAUGUGCAUUGGGAGAAAUGCACGCACGAGCAUCGUCAAAUGUACUGUCGAGAGGGUUGCCGUUGUGAGCAGCAGUACCGUCUACAUCGCCUGCUCGCAUACGAUCCACAUAAUGAAUGUCGCGGCAUUUUUUCGGAUUGGUUUCGUUUUCCUUCGUGUUGCAUUUGCAAGUGUUAUGGCAUACCGAUGGAGUUCCGUGCCACAUCUCGUAGUCCACGUUCAGAGCGUAUGGAUGAGGAGUUUGAAACGGUAGCGGAGGAAACAUACUUUGAUGAUAGUUUCGAUGAUAGUGGCGAUGAUGUUAAUGACAUAAAGCAGUCAGCGGAGUCUAUGGAAUCAGUAGAUACGCAACAAUCCCAACAUCCAAUUGAUGUGGCGGAACAAUUGGUGCGGCAGGCGAUCUAUGAACAUGCUACAGAGGAUUGGUAUCGACCGAAGGAUGAAUUCGACUUCUACGAGGGUUAAAACAGGGUUGGGAAGUUGGUGGUGUGGGCACAAAUGGGGGCUCGUUGGCUAAUUUAAUUAUAAUUUUAUUUGCAGUGAAUCAUAUUACGGGGUUUUACUAAAUCAUGCUUUGGAACCGAAACCAAAAGCUAUUAAAAUCAAAUCUAAACUUAUCUCUGAAGUUGGGACUGAAUUUAACUAGCGAAGAGGCUGCUUUCAGAGCGAAUCGGCAGGCAUAAGCGGGAUCAACCGAAUAUUGACAACUUUUUACUAGCGCUCGCCGCUGGAACUUUGAAUGAUUUAAGGAGAGAGAUUCGGUGGUUGCGUGUCAGAAACACUGAAACUUGUUUCUCGAAAUAUAUUUCGAGUUUUAUGUGUGCCAAGAUAGGUUCUUAGCGCUUAAACUGAUUCUAUCGAAAGAUUCGAAGUCUGAAUCUUAUAUAAAGUCCCGUCCGAUGCUUUCCAUUUUUCUUGACAUUCCAAAUCGUAUUAAUUCUAUUUGUACGACAAAAACUAAAAGUAAAACGAGUAGCUUUCCUGUUACGUUAGUUUAGGCAGAGAAAGAUACGCUUGCAGGCCAUUAAAAAGGAAAUUCUUGACCGCCUUAAUAUCUAGCUUGUUGGCUGCUUCUAAUUAUAUGAGCUGGGAAUCCGAUGGAUGACUGACAAGUGCCGCUAGUGAUCCCAAACAGAAGCAGAGACGGUAUUUUCAUGUCUCACUCAUGCCAGCCACUUGACAUUUCCUAUAAGUAUCACUGUUAAUAAUACCCAUUCUGGCAAUAUGUAUCGUCUAUAGGUUUCGAUCCUUUCCUGUUGCUUCUUCGAGAUCACAUAAGCAAAAAUUGGGUUAUUCGCCUUUACUGCCCAUGCGCAUGAUCUUGGCAUAUUCUACUCCGAUUCUGUUCCCUCCCUACUGUUCAGACAUAAAUUUCAUUGUGCAGUAUCUCCGGUAUCUUUCCGGAUCAUUCGCCUAACGAAGGACUCUCUUCCAUCUGCAGUUCCACUUUGAGUUGGAAUUUCGGCGCGCUCUAUUUUCUCAUUGAGAUCGAAUUAGUACUCUAGAACUGCCUCUCUCUAUCUACGCGCUCUUUCUCUCAAUUUCACUCUCUCUCUCUCAUUAGCUUUCGCUCUCAAUCGAUCUCUCUCGCUUUUCCUCUCACACUGUCUUUCGUUCUCUCUCCCGAUCUCUCGCUUUUUUUUCAUUCUUCCUCUCAAUCACUCUCGCUAUCUCUUUCGAUCACUCUCUCUCGCUCUCGCACUCUCUCUCUCUCUCUCUAGUUUCUUUUCUCACUGGUAAGCCACGAAAUAUGAUUCCUUAAAAAAAUUAUGUACUGUGCUUUUUUAUAAAAAAAAAAUUGUUUUCUUUAUUCUUACUUUAGUUUCAUUUCUAAAAAUAUUUUUUAAUUAUAUUAUUUAGAUAAUGUCUAAUUUUAUUCGUAUUGAAUUUGUAAGCAAAUGCACUUUUGUUAUAACUAGUCGAAAUUCAUAUUGUUAAUGUUUUGUAAAAAAAAAAAAUUAUAUUAAUUUAAUUCUAUUUUAAAAAUGAAUUUAAACUAAAAAUUAAAUUUAAAUUAAUUUUAAAACACGAUAAGGCAUUAUAUCCAUUGUAAAUAUAGUUUUGCGAUAUAAUGCUGAGUUCUACGAACUCUUUUAUUUACCACGAGCGAAUGUACCUUGAAUACUUAACGUAGAAAAGCGCGCGCACGUACAUAUAUAUAUACAUAUAUACAUGCAUAUGUACACGUAUGUAAAUAUGUAGUGCGUUAUACGUAUAUGAAUCUUAUGAGAAACAUUUAUUGAAUGCGCUUUUUACUUAAGUUUAGUUAUA